GAUGCAAAUACUAUCACUUUGAAAGUGAAAGAAAGUGAUAGUGGAAGCACUUGUGGUAAGCAUAAUACGCAUUAUAAUAUUGCAGAAAGUAAUAAUAUUACACUUAAUACAAAUAAUAUGACAGCAGAUGUUAAUAAAGGAAGUACAUUAACAGAAGAAGAACAAGUUGUAUCUACAAAAUCAUUGAAAAGACACGAGUUAUCCGAACAAGAAAUGCCAGAAGAAAUGAAAUCAGAAAAAAAGUUUAAAGAAGUAUUUAAACCUGAAGGUUGGGAGGGUCUUGGAAAUGAAAUUGAGUUACCUGAAGAAUUAACUGAAGAAAAAUUACAGCCGAUACUAAAAAGAUUGUCAUUAGCAGGAGAAGAGAACCAAAAUUCUUUUAAAGGAUGGGGUUGGGGUAACUGGGGUGUAAGUUCACUACUCACUACAGCAACUGCUGGAGUUUCUACAUUAACUAGUCACGUAUCGCAUGGACUUACACUUUUAGAAGAAUCUAUUGCUGCAACUGAGGAACCUAAAUCUGAUGAAACAAGUGACAAAGAUGAUUCUGCAUCCAUUGAGGAAUAUUCUUUUGGAUUUGGAAACCUUAUGUCAGGUGUCUCUUCAAUAACAAAAUUAGUUGAGUCGACUGGAAGUAAAGUUAUGACUGGUGGAUUAGAUACAUUAGAAGCUAUUGGUAAGAAAACAAUGGAAGUAUUACAGGAAGGUGAUCCUGGUUUAAAGAAGAAAAGAGCUAUUUUUAAGAUUGAAGCGGAUAAGCCAAUCUUGUCACAAGUUCUUAGAGAAGCUAAAGACAAAGCAGAAACUGUUGAAAAAACUAUUGAAGAAAAACAAAAAAUGAGGAAAGUACAUUUUGAAAGCCUAUUUGAUGAUUAUCAAGGUCUUGUUCACUUAGAAGCACUCGAAAUGUUGUCAAAGCAGAGUAAUAUUAAAAUACAACAGCAUUUAAUUGGCUUGAAUACUACUGAAUUAAAUUCUGUUCAAGAAACAUUAGAAGAAGUUAAAGAAUUAUGUGAUUUAGGUGAUGAUGACGAAAAAGAUGGUGAAAUAACUGAUUUGAAAGUUAGGCUACAGGAAAUCUGUAAUGAUCUUGGAGUUAAUAUUACAUAUGAAAGAUUGCAUACUAUUUGCGAGGAAUCCGAAGCCUAUCUAGCACCAGCUGUCACACAUACCGAUGAAGAAAUAUUUGAACAUGCCAUUUCAAUUUUGGUGCAAUUUACAGCCUUUUCUGUAGAAAGAUUUCAUAAAACUGCAGAAUUACUUUUAAUCAAGGAACGUAGAAGCACUGUUAACGAAGCUGAUGCAUUAGUUCAGUUAACACAUAUUCUUUCUAAUAAAAUCGGAAUAUUAGCCAAUACUUACUGUGAUUCCUUGCAUACACUUUCUAAAACUAAGGAUACGCCAGAUAAUAUUAAAACUAAUGUAACAACUAUUUUUAUGGAGGCUUCAAAUGCAAGUUCAUACGUUCAAGAUGCUUUUAAAUUGUUAAUACCCAUAAUACAAGUUGGUGCUAUUUAAUAACUACGAAGAAAUG